AUUGCAUAAAUAUGAUAGAAAGUAUAUACCUUAGUCGUAGAUUUUUAUAGGUUUAAUAUGUCGAAAUUUGACUUCGGAAUAUUCACGACUAUGACAUUGACGUCAUUACUCGCUUUUCUUCUAAAACUAUUUUUUUAUUAUGUUUUCGUUAUAAGUGGGAUUUAUUCAAAAUUCACUGGAUAUCUGGCUAUUCCACGAUAUCAUCAUUCGAAUAAAACUUGUGUAACCACAAACAAGUGUAAACUUUUAGUGUUCAUUUCUAUAAUUAUUAAACCCGAGAACUAAGGCUUAACGGUUGAUUAUUAAGCUAUCAUGUAUCGAUUAAUGACGUUGACAAUUAUUUCCAUUAUUUCUGGAUUAUUUAUUUUUCGACCGGUGCAUUGUAAAAAUCCAUUUAAACAGGAUGCUAUUGCCAUCCAUUUUGCAUUGGUUAAGGAUUUUUCUGUCAACGAAAGUACUAUUAUCAAUAUUGUCACUCAGAGAACUACUGAUCAACUACAACAAAUUUCCCAAGCAUAUGAAUCACGUUACGGUGAAAAAUUACUUAAUGACAUUCGAUAUUACCUAACGGGAAAAUUUGAAGAAAUUAUGAUUUCUUUAUUUAUGGAUGAUACUGAUUUUUAUGCUGAAGAGUUAUAUAAUGAACUUCGUGGAUUUAAAGAUGAUGAAAAAGUUUUUAUUGAUAUUUUGCUAACGCAAAAUCAUAUGAAACUGCAAGAAAUAAAAGAUGUUUAUACAAAAAAUUAUUUAAAUUCUCUUGAACAUGAUUUUCAAAAAUUUACAACUAAAAAUUCAAAGAAGUUAUAUCUCACACUGUUACAAUGUGAACGAAACGAAACUAUGGAUAUAAAUUAUAUUCGUGCAGAGUAUGAUGCUCGUCAACUUUAUCAUGCAGCCAUAUCUCAAUCAAGUGAAGUAAACCCUGAUGUAUUUAUUAAUAUAUUGACUUCUGUAAGUUAUGACCAACUUCGACAUACUGUCAUGAAAUUUUUUGAUAUAUUCGGAGAGCAUAUUGAAACUGUAAUAGAAAAAAAUUUCACCGGUGAUUUUGCCCGCGCACUUAUCGCAAUUGUUGAAUAUGCAAAAUCAAGAGAUGGAUUUAUAGCCAAUAGACUCUACGAUAGUCUUGAAUAUGAUUUCGAUCACCGUAGCCUUAUUCGUUUGAUAAUUAUUAGUAAAAAUAUUGGGAUUCAUUCUAUUAGAGAAGCAAUUCAAAUACGCCAUCGCAUCGCACUUGAGUAUUUUUUAAAUCAAACACCAUAUGGAGGUUUUCGAAAUACACUUUUGACAUUUUUGUUCCCAAACUUUACAACCUCAUGAAACGUCAAAUUAUGAAGUAGUUAUGGUGCAAUUACUUUUUUAAGAGUAUAAAUAAUUCACGGUGCAUAGAUUUUUAACUAAAAUAAUUACUUAUGACUAAUGAAUGUGAUUCUUAAUAAUGUGGAUAAAUAUUUGUAAUAUAAAAAGAA